AUGCCGUCUUCCAAAAGGGCAGUCCAAGAUGCCGAAUGGCUGCAGCGCAAGGCUGCAGUUCGACAGAUGUUCCUCCAGAACAUAUCUCAAUCAGAGAUGAAGCGAAAACUGGAGGAAGAUGGGUUUCCCGUAACCAAAGCACAGCUGGAAUAUAAGCUGAAAAUUUGGGGCUUUAGCAAGAAGCUCCCAAAGACGACAAGCAGGGAGGCCUGGCAGUAUGCUGACGAACUCCUCGUCAGAAGGGAGCUGCAGACCAAGUCUAGCGAAGUCAUCAUGGGUGGCAGCUUGGUAGCACCAGCUAAGUAUUUCCUCCUCCGAAUGCGUCGUCCCAAGAACUACAAUCAAGCCAACAACCUCCGCAUGCUCUACGUCCUAGUUUAA